CUUCCAAGGUAGGCAGUUUGAGAGGGUGGUGGCUUGUGGAGUCAGGGCUGGGAGGGGGAGGGGAGGCAGGCUGCGAAAGAAAGAGAAAAGAGAAAGAAAGAAAGAAAGAAAGAAAGAAGACGAGCAUAGUGAGAAGGCAUGAGGACCAGACUGCCAGUUCAUUACCAUGUGUUGCUUGCCCUCAGCUGUGUUUGUGAUUCAGAGCAUCUGCUUACCCACCCCCCAACUGAAAGCAGCAGACCAUUGUCCUCCCCACACCUGGCCUGGGGUUGGAGGCAGCCACUUCCCUCUUUCUCACCAACCUCAUAAAUGAGGAAUGGGACAUUUAUGUUGCAAGCUUUUGGAGGAAAGGCUGAAUGCAAAUGUUAAUACAGCCCCCUGAAGAGGAAAACCUGUCAGAGCAAUGAUGGAGAUGUUGCCUUUAGUGGCUGCCAGAUUCCAGGGCCAAAGGAUCUGUGAUCUGUCUCCACAGCCUAUGGUAGGCAUCAGCAUCAGUGGAAAUACCGCAUCUGAAAAUGAUAUCACCAUAGAGCAGAAAGGGAAAACGGUCUACCUGGUAUGUGCAGGGGGCAACAAUGAGACACGCUGGAAAAAAGACGGGGUGAAUCUAACCUACCAAGGGAAGGAGUUGGUGUUGGCUGUGAUGGACGACCCCAGAGGCAUCUACCAGUGUCUCAACAGCGAUGAGAAAAACAGAACCCUGCAAGUUUUCAUCCGAGUGUGCCAGUACUGCAUCCAUCUGGACUUCACCACGAUUCUGGGGGUUUCAGUCGCCAGCCUCCUUGCCACAGUCUUCCUAGCCAUCGCUGUGUACCACAUAGCUGUGGAAGAGCGGGGCCAGCCAGCCCAAGCUUCUGAUAAGCAGAGCCUGUUGGCCAACGACCAGCUGUACCAGCCUCUCCAGGAGCGCAACGACAGGCCAUACAGCCACAUUGCCAUCCCCAAGCCUCGCCGCCGAUGACGCCGUUCUCCAGCCGCCUUCGGGUUCCCCUUCCUGCGCUCAAUCCCCGAGGGACGUCCAUUAGGUCAGCUGAGGUGGGGAAUUGUGGAGCCCUCCCUCCGCCUGUGUCUGCCUUCUACUCCAGGGCCUCAAGCCGGAGGCCUGCUGGAGCUGUCGGAGCUGCUGGAUUCCAUUUUCUUCUUUGUUAACCUGAAGAGUGUGGGCUUGUGGGGGGGGGGCAGCCUGCUUUAAGCUAGUUUGAUGAAUCCCCUCGGGUGCAAUGCUGGGAAUGUGGUGGCCGAUCAGAAGAAGAAGAACGUCUUUUCUUGGCAACCCAAGUGGGCCGGUUCAUCUUCCAUCCUUCCCUUUGCAGCUGAAACUGGGUCCCUGGCGUUGCUCCCCUCGGCGUCCUGCCCCC